AUGACUGAUAAAUCAAUUCCUAAUAUGAAAAACUUUGAGUCUGAAGAAGUUAAUUCUACUUUAUCCAAAAGUAAAUCAGAUACCAUUGAAAUUGUUAAAAAGUUUUCUAAUAUGGAUAUUUCAUUGAGCAAUACUGUCGAAGAAACAAAAAUUUCAAAUGUUAAAUGGCUCGACAUUAAAAAAUUAAACACUUUUGAAAAUCAUAUCUCUAAAUACAAUGCACCCCGUAAUUUUUCUCUUAAAAAAUAUUCUGCUGGUAACAUAAAGGAAUUUGAAAAUACCAGUCUUCAAAAUGGGACUGCUCCUCACACUUGGGUUGAUAAUAAUGAAGACAUUGUUUUGGAAGAUUCUUCAAAAGAAAAUGAGUAUGACGAUAAUAUGGAAGUGGAUAGUGAUGGGGACAUGGUUAUGAAAGAAUAUGAGAAUAAAAAGGAUGAAGAUGCAAUGGAUGUAGAUGAGGACGGGGAUGAGGAUAGGGAUGGGGAUGGGGAUAGGGAUGAGGACAAUGACAUUGAAGUUAUUGAAGCACGCAACGAUGAGCCCAAAUCAAAUGAUGACACAUCUACAAUAAUAUCAAGUCAAACAUGGGAAAAUGCUUCCACCGUUUAUGACAAAGUCUUGCCAAGAAAUGAAAAUGACACAAGAGUGGAAGGUACUCAGAUGCAAAGUUUUAAUCGAGUCCCAAUCUUUGACGGAUCUUCUGAUGAUGACCAGAAAGUCAAUGAGUUUUACAUGAAAGUAUUCAUGUAUUAUAAUUGCUUUGAAUCUUCAUCAACAAUAAUACAACUAACCCGAGAAAAGCGUAAAAAUAUUUUAAAGAAUAUUUUGGAGCUUAGCAUUGAUGCUAAAUUGUUUGCCGCUUUGCUGAUGAACGAGUUUACCAAUGAUAUGGCCUAUUACACUAAGCAAACAUUUAAGCUUCUAAAAAGGGACUUGAAAAAAGAAAAGCAAAUAAAAAAGGACGUUGAGGAAUUGAUUUCCAAGAAUAUCAAAGAAACCAACCAUAUCAAUGACUUGAACAGAAAAUCGGAAAUAGCAAAUAAAAAAAUUAAGGAGCUCACCUUGCUCAUUUCAAAUUAUAGCAAGAAUGGAGAGCAUACCAUGGGUCAAAACUUGCUUCGUCUGGAGCUUGAGUACGGGUGCCACUUUUUCGUAAAACAAUUUUCAAAGUUCAAAUUGUCACCUACAGUUGAUUUUGACCCAUUUGAAUUGGUAAUACAAGUAUCAGAAAAAAUCAAUGGAAUAGUGACGAUUGAUCAUAUGAAAGAUAUUCCAAAGAUUAUGACUAUAGUCAAAAAGGCUGAAAAGUUUAUGGAAACGGGGUACAAUCCUUUAAAUUUUUAA